AUAAACGAUGCUUCACAUUUUAUUGAUGGAUCUCAAAUUUAUGGUUCUAAUGAUUACGUUGUAUCAACACUGAGAUCAUUUACUGGAGGGACGUUAAUUUCUGUUCUUGAGAAUAGCCAGGAGUUCUGUCCACAUUCGUCUUUUGAAACUUCAGAUAYUAACAAAUAUUUUUACAAAUCUGGAGACUUACGUGCAAACUUGAACCUUGGAAUAGCACUAUUUCACAAUAUGUUUUUAAGAUUCCACAAUUUCGUAGCGUUUAAACUAAAAACUGGAAAUGCUUUGUGGUCUGAUGAAAAGUUAUAYCAAGAAUCUCGCAGAUUUGUUGGUGCAAUUAUCCAACAUAUUACAUACACACAGUUUUUACCAAUAAUUUUAGGCAAAAAUUAUACGAAGGACAAAAUACUUGACAGUAACAAUAAAUAUGAUCCUACUGUUGACGCGUCAACUUCCCAAGAGUUUUCAACUGGUGCAUUUCGUGUACUCCACAAUAUUGUACCAGCUCAACAUAGAUUUAUUGAUUCAAAUUCCACAACUGUCCAAAUAGUCAAUGUUACAGACUGGAUGAACUGCCCGUAUCUCUUACAACAAGGCUCAAAUUAUGACCACUUACUUCGAGGUUUAUUAAGUACGGAAGGACGUAUGAGUCAACCAUCAUACAAUCCUUUGAUUUCUAACUUAAUGUUUCAUUCAAACAAUUCGGUUGGCGUGGAUCUCCUAUCGUACGAUAUCCAAAGAGGACGUGAUACCGGUCUCCCCCCCUACAAUAAAAUGAGAGAAUUAUGUGGAUUGCCUGUUGCUAAGUCAUUUAGUGAUUUGAUUGAUAUUAUACCAAUAGAUGACAUAUAUCAUUUGGAGACACUUUACUCCUCUGUGGAUGACAUAGACUUUAUUGUAGGRGCUUUGUUGGAGACGCCAGAGAAUGAUGCUUUAGUUGGAAAUACCUCGCGAUGUAUUAUUGGUGAUUUUUUCUAUAGGUCACGAGUUGGUGAUCGAUUUUUCUACGAUAACAAAGGGCAAUCUGGUCAAUUUUCUAAAUAUCAACUUGAAGUACUUAAAUCUAUUAAUUUGGAUCACAUUAUAUGCGCUACUUCGUCCGUUGAUAACUUACAAAAAAAUAUUUUCAUUAAAGUUGACAAUGGGUGA